AUGUCAUCUUCGGUAACUACUCCGUCUCAACUUGAUAGUCUUAUUCAGAGGGCCACGAGCGAGUCUAUUCCACAUGGUGCUGUUGAUUUGACCGUCGCAUUGGAGAUAUCAGACAUCAUAAAAUCCAAGAGGAUAGCAGCGAGGGAUGGAAUGAGAUGCAUAAAGAAGCGUAUCGUUGCUACACGAUCAAAUCCGAAUACUAAUUUGUCGGCAUGGACUCUGACAGAGCUGUGUUUAAAGAAUUGUGGACUACCGUUCAUUAGAGAAGUGUGUUCAAGGGAGUUCAUGGAUUCUCUGGAACGUGCAAUCUUAGACAACGACAAUCAUGAGGAGUUGGAACGCAUGUGCAAGAACAUAUUACAGAAUCUCAACGCAGCAUUCAAGAAUGACAGUCAGCUGGGAUAUGUCUCAAAAGUUUAUCAAAGACUAACUUCCCGAGGUGUGGAGUUCCCUCCAAAUCCGAGUGGUUCUGAGCUAGCUGCUGCAAUGUUCGAAUCCAAGACGCCGGCUGAUUGGGUUGAUUCUGAUGUUUGCAUGAUUUGUUCGGAAAAGUUUACACUUCUCAAUAGGAAGCACCAUUGCCGUUCUUGUGGCGGCAUUUUUUGUCAGGACCAUUCGUCUCACAACAUCUCUUUACCAGAACUUGGCAUAUAUGAUCCUGUUCGAGUUUGUGACGAUUGUUAUGAAGAAUAUGACUUUAAACACCAGUCUGGCAGAAAGCAUGAACGGAAGAAGAGUUCAAACAGCAGGAAUAUGUCGAUGAACACCAAGCUUCAAGAAGAUGAAGAGCUCAGACGUGCUAUAGAGCUUUCGUUGAAAGAAUCCCGAUCAAAUGAUGUAUCAGUUCCUGUGGUCCCUUCGUUGCCGGUGGCAGAAGAGGCUCCAGUAAAUACCGAUGAGGAAUUAGACGAAGAUUUGAAAGCCGCAAUUGAGGCUAGUCUGCGUGAUGCAGAAGAGCUCAAGAAGAGACAAGAGGCAGAUAGUGCUGCCCAGGCAGUUUCUCUAAACCGACCACCUUCUGCAGAGCGCGAGAUGCCUCGCCAAGAGUAUGGACUUAGUAUUGCGGAAGAAGACGACAUUCAACUUUUUGCCACGCUCGUCCAACGUAUGAAGACACAACCUGCUACUGCUGUGCUGGAAGACACUCAGCUUCAGCAACUCUAUCGAAAGGUCAUGGGGAGCGUUCCCAAGCUAAACCAUUCUCUCAACAAUUCAAUUCAAAAAUACAAUUCAUUGGUAAACAUGAACGGUAAAAUUUCAGACAUCAUGAAUAUUUAUGAUUCACUUCUUGAGAAGCAGCUUCGUUCGAUAGACAUCCAUCAGCAGUAUUCAAUGCCACUGCCCUCUGACCCAUACGCUUACUACAAUGUUGCCCAACAGGAACCGCCUAGUGUCUCAAGAGCCUCCAAUUUGCCGGUGAAUAUCAGAAAUGGGGAUACCAUGCGUAAUCCAAUGAUCAGCGAUUCACACUUUGACUCCGUCGCACCGCCGCCCAACCCCGCUUUGUCGCCACAGGGAUAUCAAACCUCUAUGCCACUUGCAAAUCACAUAAAUGUUCAACGCCAGUCCGACUUGCAUACAUCGAACGUCGCGCAGCGAGCGUCAAUCCGACAGCGACCAUAUCCCGAUGAAUACGAACAGCCUCAAUCAUCCGAUCAAAACCUUACCAGCAUUCCUUCAGAGCCACCAUACCCGAAAGAGGAUAACGUACUUGCAGAACCGGCUAAAGGACCCUAUCCAAAAGAAGAAACUGCGCCCGUAAUUGAAACGCAAAAAUCCCAGGACGAAAAGAACAUAACAAAAUUUGAUUUCCCAACUGUACCCAUCCACGCUCCUCCUAAAAAAGAAGAAGAAGUGCGGUACGCUGAAGAGAUUCCAGACCGGGAAGAACUGUUAAUAGAACUGUGA